GAAGUUUCUUGAUGAAUUUUUGAAUAUUCGGGCAGAUUGUUUAUUCAAUGAUGUAAACAUUUACGCCGACUUACAUUUUGUCUGCAAGAAAAAAGGAAAAAAACAAAAAAACAAAAAUGCGAGGCGUUUUAAAAUGGAUGGACAAAGUAGAAUUUCCUAAUUCUAAGGAUGCAAAUGUUAGUAUUCAUGCCGUGUGUUACAGUCCAGAUGGUAGUCAGAUUAUUGUAGCUGCUGGUGAACGCGUACUUGUGUAUGAUUCCGGCGAUGGCACUCUUUUGAAUACCUUAAAGGCUCAUAAAGAUGUUACCUAUUGUGUAGCUUAUGCCAGAGAUGGGAAAAAGUUUGCUACCGGCGGCGCCGAUAAAACGGUAAUAGUUUGGUCAUCUCAAUUGGAAGGGCUUCUCAAAUAUUCUCACGCUGAUUCCGUGCAGUGCAUGAGCUUUAAUCCUAUAUCGCAUCAUUUAGCCUCCUGUUCCUCCUCUGAUUUUGCCUUUUGGUCAGCUGAUCAAAAAGCUGUGCAGAAAUAUAAAAUUCAUUCGCGUAUAAAUGGAUGCUGUUGGACUAGUGAUGGCCAAUACCUAGUUAUGGGUUUAGCUAACGGUUCUGUCACUAUACGUAAUAAAUCAGGCGAGGAGAAGGGUCGUAUUGAUCGGCCUGGUGGUUCUAACUGCGCAGUAUAUGGCGUCCAAUGCUGUCCUGUUGCAGUAGAGUCCGCUACUGAUACCAUCGCUAUUGCGGAUUGGGGUCAAACCUUGUCGUUUUAUACCUUAAGCGGUCAGAUCAUAGGUAAGGAGCGUUCUUUAGGUUUUGAUCCGCUCUCCCUAUGUUAUUUGCCAAAUGGCGAAUAUUGCCUCGUCGCUGGAUGUAUCGGCGUUUUACAUUAUUUCACUCGCGACGGAGUACGCCUUGGUACUUUGGGCGAUUCAUCAGACACUUCGUGGAUUUGGUCGGUAGCGAUUCAUCCCGGCGGUCAAUCCUAUACGACAGGCUGUCAAAAUGGCGUUUUAACUUGUUACACCUUAGCCAUGACAACUGUACAUGCUUUAUAUCGAGAACGUUACGCUUUCAGAGAGCACAUGUGCGAUGUUAUUAUACAACAUUUAAUAUCGGGGCAGAAAGUACGCAUAAAAUGUCGCGAUUUAGUUCAAAAAAUUGCAAUUUAUAAGCAACGCUUGGCGGUCCAAUUGCCAGAAAGGAUUGUUUUAUAUGAAUUAGAUUCUACUUCGGAUGAGCCUAUGCAUUAUAAGGUGAAAGAGAAAAUUCAAAAGAAAUUCGAUUGUAGUCUGUUGGUAGUUUGUGCCUACCACAUCGUUCUAUGCCAUGAUCAGAAGCUGCAAUGUUUGGAUUUUGGUGGAGUGUUGCAAAGAGAAUGGCUGAUGGACGCAUUUAUACGUUAUAUUAAAGUAAUUGGCGGACCGGCUGGUAGAGAGGGAUUGAUGGUGGGCUUAAAGAACGGUCAAGUCUACCGUAUAUUUCUCGAUAACGCCUUGCCAGUGCUCAUUACAACAGCAGUCUCAGCGGUGCGAUGUUUAGAUGUUAACGCGAAUCGAUCGAAAAUUGCGGUGGUAGAUGAUGGCGGACGUUUAGUUGUAAGAGAUAUUGUCAACGAUUCGCUGCUUUAUCAAGACUCUGGUGUGAAUUCAGUUACCUGGAAUACCCAUUUAAGUGCAAUGCUAUGUUACACGCAUACAACCGGUGGUUUAACAGUUCGUGUAGGCAAUUUGCCGCCGCGUGUUCCUCAGCACAUGUUGGGAGUUGUAGUUGGUUUGUGCGGUGCUACUGCAUUUUGCUUACGUGGCAAUGUUAUGCAUAAUGUACCUUUGGCUCUGGGGGCCACUAUGUGGCAAUUUGUCGAAGCCGGUUUAUUUGAAGAGGCUUAUCAAGUGGCUUGCUUAGGUGUCACAAGUGCAGAUUGGGAAGGCUUGGCAAAGUCAGCAUUGGAAGCUUUACAUCUGAAUAUAGCCCGCGACGCUUAUGUUAAGGUUAGAAAUCUACCUUGGCUUCAAAUAAUCGUGGACUUGAUGGAGAAACAAAAACGCGGUUUAGUACCUAAAGAGGUACUUCAGGCUGAUAUUUGCGCUUAUUCCGGAAAGUAUAAAGAAUCCGCUAGAUUUUAUGAGAAGUGCGGCCAACCCAGCAGAGCACUGGAAAUGUAUUCCGAUCUAUGUAUGUUUGAUUUGGCGCAAGAAUUCAUACGCGAUGGCAGCGCUGAUGAAAAGAAAGCUCUAACACGUAAACGAGCGGAUUGGGCGUAUGCGGUUAAAGAACCGAGAGCGGCAGCAGAAUUGCUUUUGAGUGUUGGAGAACAUCGGAAGGCUAUUGAAAUUGUUUCCGAACAAGGCUGGGCGGAUGUGCUCUACGAUAUUGGCCGUCGUUUAAGCCAGACUGACAAAGAAUCUUUAGAAAUGGUAGCGUAUAAUUUAAAACGUCUUAAAGCCUUGCCUUUGGCUGCCGAAAUGUUUAAAAAGUUGGGUGAUGAAGCCCAAGUAGUACAACUGCAUGUAGAAGCUCGUGAUUGGACCGAAGCGUUUCAUUUAGCAGAAAAUCUGCCAGAUUUAUUACCUCAAGUCCAUUAUCAGCACGCACAAUGGUUGGCGGAGAAUGAUCAAUUCAUCGAAGCUCAUGAAGCUUACUUAAGGUCUGGUCGCAUAAAGGAUGCCAAUCGUCUAUUAAAACAGUUAAGCUCUGCUGCAAUUGAAGAGGAACGUUUCCUCGAUGCUAGCUAUUUUUAUUGGUUGCUCUCCAAGCAAUACUUGGACAUUUAUUAUGAAAAGGAGAAACAAUCUCCUGUGGAUUUUUACUUGAAAGAGUAUAAGAGUUUUAUGCGAAUCGCUAAAAUCUAUUAUGCCUACAGUGUCAUAUACAACUACAUGAAAGAACCGUUUACCACAUAUUCGCCUGUGAGCUUGUUCAAUGUUUCGCGGUUCAUUUUAAAUGAAGUUGAAUUCAAGACUGUACCAAAAGGUGUAAGCAUGUUUGCGGUACUGUUCACCCUGGCCAAGCAAGCCAAAUUUUUGCAAGCGAAUAAAUUGUGUUUGGUUGUUAACAAACGUUUGCAAUCGCUUAAGCCACCCGCCGGCGUGCAGGAACAGAUUGACAUUAAUUAUUUAAACAGUAAGGCUUGCAAGAGCGGUUUCAAUGACCCCGAAGAAUUGCUGCCUUUGUGCUAUAAAUGUUCAAAUUAUAGUCAACAUUUAAAUGGUAACUCUUGCCCCACUUGCAAACAGGAUUAUAUAUUUUCUUUUAUAUCAUUUGAAAUUUUACCGUUAGUGCAAUUCUAUCCUGAGAUUGAUAUUAGUGAUACUGAAGCGGAGAGAUUGUUGUUAGCUCCGCCAAAAGCCAGUGAAGAUCAAGAUCCAUUUAAUGAGGAUGUUGCCAGUGCGUUGCCGUUAAGUUUAGAUCGGAAUGCUUUACGAGCUAUAGAUCCUAACCAUGUGCUGGUUUUAAAACGCCGUAAUAAGCCAAGCAGCAAAUUUGUGUAUUAUCGCAAUAUAUUACCUGAUCUACAAAUAACCUACUGUCCGGAAUGCUUGCUAGUGUUCUACGCUGAAGACUUUGAGUUGCAAGUUCUACAAAAAGGUUUUUGUCCUUUUUGUCGAACAUCGGCCGACAAACUAUUGGAGGAAUAUUGAAUGCAUACAGUAUUUUUAAAUUCUUGCUCAUUUACGAAAUAUUUAUUUAAUAAAUCUUCAUGACCACGUCUCUUCUUGAUAACGAUUAA